AUGCAAGGUUUCGCCGAGACUCGUCUAGUGCUGUUACGAAGUGUUCCGACUCAUUGUUUUGGGAAUAAGACAACAUUUGACCAUUUAGGUUGCUACUGCGACGAAGCUUGCUAUAAAAUUUUCUCUGAUUGCUGUCCAGAUUAUGAAAAGCAAUGCGGUCGACAGCAAUUGCUCGAGGAUAAAACUUCAGUGUGGAAAUGUGUCGAAUUUGAAGUGAAAAGAUUGGACUGUUUUAUGAUAGGAGCAAUUGGAGUUUGGAUGAUUUCUAAAUGCCCACCAGACUGGGCUUUUGACGAGCUGAAAACAAAAUGUGAAAAUGCCUCGCUGUCGUUUUUCGGCUUUCCCGUAAAGGACUUUAUUCCGGUGGUAGGAGCGAAAAACGAGACAUAUCGGAAUAAGCAUUGUGCUCUGUGUAAUGGCGUGGAAAAUCACACUUCAUGGGAUGUUGAAGUUUUUACAAACGUCACACCCCCCAGUUGGUUCGACCUGGAUUCUAAGCUGAAGUUUAUCGAAGACAAUGGGGGUCGGAUUAAGGAUGUUCGACCUGGUCAGGGACAACCUUGGAGAUUCUGUUUUGGAAGGAAUUUUAAAGGCAACUGUAGUUCCACGAAUCAUUCACUUUACAAGGCUUGUGUUGAAGGCCCCGUUGAAGUGGUUGGGAUUUAUUCAGGUUCUUACUUUAAGAACCGUGCAUGCGCAGAAUGUAAUGGAUAUGAUAAUAUCGACUCUUAUGGUAUAGAGCAAAGCUGUGCUAGGCCUGUACCCCCCGGGUCUGGACCCCCCGUGUCUGGAACCCCCGGGCCUGGAACCGCCGGGCCUACAACCACCGAGUCAGCACGACCUGCCGCCAAUGGGUUAAACUUCGUGCUUAUACCCGGAAAACCUGGUGUAAUAUCAACAGUUAGAGAAAAAUGUCCCGUUGGUACUAUUUAUGAUACUACUUUGAAGUUAUGUCGCAAAGGGUAUAUUAUUUCAUCCAGUGGUAAACUAACUAACCAGUUUUUGGUAGUAUUAUGGAUCAAACUCAUGUCUCGAAGAUGGAUAACAAUUUAUUCAACUGUAGAAAAUAAUUUUAAAUCAGCGUUACUUUGCCGGUUUUGGCUUCAAGACAAACAAAUUUCACAAAUUACAUUCUUCAUGCAAAACCGUAAACGGUCGCUGCGUGAUUUAGUCGCUGCAACAUUUCGUUUAACAUUGACGCCAUUUCAAAGCUUACUAAUGGCUAACCAAUACAAGUCCAUCUUUAAUGUUACAAACCAAAACACUGCUUUUUUGGAACUUUUAAACUUUACAGGAAACUUUACUCUAUCUUGGGAUGAAAACGUUUUGUUUGUGAUCAAACUGACUUCGAAACAGCUUUCAUGCUACGACGAAAAGAAAUUUCAAUCACUUGAAUACAAACUCGAUAAAGAAAAUGGAAGCUUGGUCGUAAAUAAAACAGGAAAAAUAUUUUCAUUUGAGGAUUACACUUUAAUUAAAGAAGAAGACGGAAAUACUACAUUAUGUCGCAAACUGCUGCUUUCAGAAUGCAACGAAGGUGCAUUUGUGCCUUUAAGUCCAGACGAGUACGUGGUCUUCCCUAAUUUGACAGUUUAUUACAAUGCAACAGAGAGCGUUUUCAAUUUUGGCGAGUAUCUAAUAAGUGAAAACAAAGGGACUAGCAACACUUCUAAUGUAACUCAGAAUUCUCUUUUAUCAAGUAACUCAACGAUUUCUGUUUGUUUACCGUUUAAAGAUACCUUUAUCAAAACGGAAAAAUACAGUACGAACACGACAAGUUACGCGCUAUGGAUUUUGACAUUAAUUGGUUUCAGUGUUUCGAUUAUUUGUUUAAUGUUACUUUUGAUAACUUAUGGAUUAUUCCAAGAAUUAAGGGCAGUCUCAGGAAUGAAUUUAAUGAACUUAAGCUUGUCAUUGUUGUUAUCACAUUUCACAUGGUUGAUAGGCAUGAGUCAUUUCACAGAGACAAAAACAUGUACAGUUUUGGCGAUUUUUGAACACUAUAUCUUUUCCAAGUAUCGUUCGUAGCAAUGUCCGUCAUCUCCUACCAUUCUUCCUACGUUUUCUCGCAACCUUUCGCUGGAAGAGUUGCGAACAAGUCUUGGCGCAGGUUUAUCAAGUAUUCAGCAUUCGUGUGGCUAGCGCCUGCAUUUAAAUGCCAAAGUGGCGUUUCUCAAAUACAACUCCUAGCUACAGGCAGCCAUUUCAAUUCCUUUAGUACUGGUGUGACAUGGUGAAAUUUCCUUAUACC